UGUGUUGGCUUUGUGCGGAACGACGCGGAUAUGUUUGGGCGGACAAGUCAGCCUAGAAACAUAGGAACAAGUGCAUUGUGAGAAGCCAAGAGAGGCAAGCAGCCAUGCAGAGUCCGACCCAGUCCAAAAACGGGCCAAACCCAGUGACCACAGCAACCACAGAGCAACCAGUGGACCACGAGAGAGAAGCUCAGCCAGCACAGAGAGAACCAGAUGCACAAGAAGAAAAAGGGAAUGAAUCAGCUGCUGCUGUUGGGACUGAAACACUUGUCACGCCACAGGAAAAUGGGACAGGGGUACAAACAGAAAAAACACCUGCAGGUGUGGCAGAAACACAGGUAGCGGACAGUGAUCCUGCAGGUCAGACACCAGCUAACACUGCAGGGAUGGACACAGAUUCUGCUUCAAAGCCAAAUGCCCCCACAGAACCAGUACCUGACACAAAUGCAAAUCCUGUUUGUGAUCAGAAAAAGGCAAAUAAACAGGAUAAAGGCAGAAUUGAUGGGAGGAAAUAUGUUCCUUCCAAGAAGGCCAUGGUAGAUCCUCUGAAGAUGGACAUGUCCAAACCGCUGGUUAUGCCUCUCACAUCUGCUCAUCUCUCCCUGCAGUGCAGCGAGUGCCAUAUAAUCUUCAGCGAUCACAAGAGUAAAGUGCGUCACCUGAAGUUGAGCCACCCAGCAGAAUAUGAACAGUGCAUCCUGAGGAACGCACAUUUCACCUGUUACGUUUGUGACCGACACUUCACAAACUCCACAGAGCUCCUGGUCCACCAGAAAGCCCACACAGAGAAGAAACCCUUCAAGUGUCCGAUCUGCAGCCAGGCCUUCAACAAGUCCUCAGAGCUCACCCACCACAAGAAAGUACAUUUUGGCCAGGACGGUUACGCCUGCACUGACUGUGGCAAACCGUGCAAAACAAUGACGUUACUGAAGUAUCACCGGCGCGUUCACACCGGGGAGAGGCCGUACGUGUGCAAGGAGUGUGGGAAAAGAUUCACCAUGUCAAAAGCUUUGCAGAAACACAUGGUGUCACACUCACUGGAGGCUGGAGGAGAGGAGGGGGACACCACGGCUAGAGCACAACUGAAGAAAGAUGAAGGUGCUCCUACAGUGAAGUAUCCUUGUUCUGUAUGCAAGGCCACUUUCAAGAGUACCAAGACGCGUCUACAUCACUUAAAAACGAAGCACAAUUUAUCUGCUGCAGCCAGUAAGGCUCUUUCUGCUGGACUGCAGGUGAAACAGAGCACACCCAUCAUCACUCCAAUAUCUAUUUCCCAACCUGCACUGCUACAAGUGGAGCCCAAUGGACCCCUGCAAAAAGUUGAUGCCAAUAUAGACACAGAGCAAAUUCGCAGACUUAUUGAAUCUUUGGGAAAUGUGCAGAAAGUAAACCAGGUAGUCAUCCUGGGGCAGGUGCCGCCUCAUGCCCCGCCACUGGAGGUGCAGCAGAUACCACAACUGGCAGAAACAGUGAAUUUGAAUCUAAGUCCACCGCAGAUAGACUUUAUCGGACUGAAAGAGACUGAAUCUAAGAUAGUUGAACUGGACCAUUUAAACAACACAUGUGAUGCAAUGGAGCAAACCAUCAUACUGGAACCUAUUACACCAGAUGGACAAUUGGAAAAUCCCUCUUUCUCAGAACUGGGUUCCCACAUAGCAGCAGAUGAAAACAUAGAGCUAACACUUGUUCCGGCUGAUCAUACAGAGGGAGAGGUGAUGCAUCAGAUCCUUCACCACCCCGAUAUUACUACAAUUCAGUCUGAUCCUGUGGAUCAAAUAGUUUAUCAGAGUGAAGAAGAGCAAAACCUGGAGCAAACAGUCAUAUUAGAACUGAUACCAACGGUUGAGCUGGAACAAUCACAAACCCAAACGGUCCCAGAAAAUGAAAUCCCGUCCUCUGACCUGGCCCCAAUCACUGAGGAGGAGAAGACGUCAGAUCAGACUGUUUUAGAUGAGAGCAGCCUGUCAGAUCCACCACUAAUGACUACAGUUGAGCUGGAGCUGACAUCUUUACAAGCAGGCCUUACUUCUUGUCCUUUAGUUCCACCAGACACACUCACACAGACUCCAAGUCAAUCUGAAAGUAAACUGGUUGAUCCACAGGUGCAUACAGUUCCUCUAGAUCAGGAUGUGAUGGAUGAAGCCGCACCACAAGAAACACAGGAACAAUCAGAACAAGAACCAUCUGAAAAAUUGCUAAUAGAAAGCAAGGAAGGUCAGGAACAACUGAACCCGUCUGAAGUAGAGAAUCCACUUCCUCAGGAAGAGGUUCCAUCACACUCACAGACCAAGCGGACGUCAAAGACGUCAGAGGUUCCAGUCAAUGUAAUGUCAGCUCAAGAACUAGUGAAAGUUCGGAAAAGAAAGCCGACUAGUGCGUACAUCUUUUAUGAUGAUUUUCAAAUGGAUGCCCGAGCAGCCAAACGGCAAAGGACAAGGAAGUCUCACCUUGUUGUUAAAUUUGGUCCACAAACCAAAGACAUGAAGAACAAGAGGCAGAAGAAGCCGUCACAGCAGCGUCAGCCAACACAGAAAGAAGUGAUAAGAGGUAAAACACCACAAACAAAUCUCUCAGAGAAAAACGUACCAUCACAGAAGAAGGGAAGAAAGGGGAAAAGGGACACGAAAGCGGGGCAUUUGGAAUCUGCUGCUAAAAUAAAAUGCCCUUCAUCAACCAAGGAGCCAGAGGUGCAACCACUCAAAGAGGAUACAAGAAAAACUAAAAUGAAAAAGCAUAAAGAAGUAGCCAGGGAGGGUGUGAUGCACAAAACGGUAGCCUCACCUGUAUUUAAAAAGAAAAAACAAACCAAAAUAAAGCAAAAAGUUCAGCCCAAGACUGCAAAGGAUGGGGAGCGAAAGAAAAACAUGGCAAAAGAAGAAAAUGUCAACACGAAACCAGCCUCAGCAGACACGCCUGGACCACAUGUGACACAAGAUGUUCUGCUUCUACUGAAAGGUCAUAAACAGCCGCAACUGAAAGUUUACAAGUUAGACCCUUCAAAGGCUUCAACUCAUGAGGCCCAAACAAUGUCCCAACAGAACAAAGACAAACUCAAACACUCAACAAGCGAGUCUACAAAUAAUCUCACAGCAGAGGAGAAGAAAAAAGGAGGAAGAACCAAAAAAACCCAGAAAGGUCUUUCAUUGUUGUCCUCGCUACAGGUUCCUCAUCAGUCACCUGAGACGCUGCCCGCCAAGCCAAAGACCACCAGGAAACGUAAAGCCUCCUCAAAAGUGGAGACUGAAGGAGUGAUAACUUCUCAUUCCAAGCGUGCCUUAGAGUGUAAGGAUUGCGGCGAGAGGUUUAGUGAAGUUGCAUCCCUUCAGAAGCACAAGACGGUGCACAUCGUAGAGAGUCCUGGUCUCACAUACACCAAUGGGAACAUCUUCGAAGGCGUCUCCCAGUCGGAUCUUUAUCAGCUUCCCAAACAGCACGAUAAGGUGGUUGAGGUGAUGAACGCUGCUACCGACUGGGAUACUGAACCUGAAAUGGCGGUGGAGGAAAGAGAGCGAAGUGUCUCUUUUCCAGCUUUGAUCCCAUCGCCGUCGUUACCCGUUUCUCCCUUAGAUGUCAAAAUCGGUGCAGAUGAAAAUAAGACUGGAAGUAAAACAGGAGCAGGUGAUCAAUCUUUGUCAGAGAUUCACUCGCCAUCGGAUCAAAUCAAAGCCAGUGAGACCUCUUCAUCUGAAUCUCCUUUAAAUACCUCUGUUGGGAUAAAGAGUUUGGAGACAGGAAAGCCUUUAGCAUCAGAUGAGGACAAGCAAGAAGAAGGAGCCCAGAGCAAUCACUUAGAAUCUGAAGUCCAGGGAACCAUGGAUGAAGACAUUAAAGAGGAUUUACUUCUCGAGGUGGAUUUAGUGACUGUCGGGGAGCAGAAUGAGAGAGAUGAACCAACCUCUCAUGGAGACACUGUUCCUCAAAAUGAAUCAAAUGCCUGCAACUCUGAGGGUGGAAUCACUGACAAACUUCCUGCGCAAGUUAGUGAUGAAACAUCAUCUGGUACCAGUCGAACUUCACACACUGUGUCAUGCUCCACUCAUCAAGUGGAGAUCAAAGAGGAGGAGGAAGAACUGUUAGUCCAGAGGAAGAAAGAAGGAGGGAAAGGGGCAGUUCUGAGGAACGCUAUAAGGGGCAGGAGAAGAGGAGCGGGACGUCUGAAACGGGACACGAUGUCAAAGAGAGUUUCAGUCGGAGAUACAAUCAGAGGAACAGAAUCGGAGAAAGAACAGGAUGAAUGUCAGGUACUUUAUGAAAGGCGUCCCAUCGGCUCUGAUUCAGAAGUGAAUGACGACGGUGAGACCGGCACAAAGAAAUCUUCACAGCUGGAGACCAACACAGCUGCUGCUGCUGCAGCAUUGGUGCCCUCUACAUUAGAAGAAUCUCCUGGAGAACAGCUUCUGUUUCAGCUGCAGUCAUCGAGUGUUGGGGAGGCGACGAAUGUAGAGGAACAUGACCGGGAUGCUGACCAGUCUCCAGGUAUUAUACUUGAAAAGGUCCUCAACAGCAGACAGAGAGCGACUGCUGACAAGGAGCCGAGCCUGAUGACGGUGAGGGACAAUCACAGCCAGUUCCAGGGUUUGGACAGCAUGAAUGCUGAGAAUGAAGCCACUGGGAGGCAGGAAAUCAAGGUAGAAGAGAAUAUCUCAGAUCCACUGGUUGCCCCCGCCUGUGGAAACAGACAAAGUGCAGGUGUGCAGCCGCAGCAGCAUCGUGAUAUAAGGAGCGUUCUGGUGAAAGAGGAGCGCAGCCUGGUGCUGAAUGAGGCGGCGCAGGGCAGCGGACACAUCAGGUGGAAUGUGGAGCCGGUCAACGCUGAAAACACCUCUAGUCCAUUAAUGGAGAGUUGGGAGACAACAAGUGAGCGUCGUAUCAGCCCUGAAUUCAACGCCAACCAGUGCAUCUUCUACCCAGUGAAGGAGGAGGACAGGGAGGUUUUACUGGGAGCUGCUGCUCAGACCAACACUGGGAAUUUACCAGCGGGGGCAUCCAGUGAAGCCCAGCAGACAGAACAUCAAGCAGCAGAUAGUGUUACAAAUGAAGGGAGCCUUUCUUCAUCAGACCACCAAGAAAUGAGAGGAAGACGACUUGUGUCAGAACCAGGAGCCAGUCACUCUGCAGAGGGACAAGUGGAGGCAGACGCUGAGUGGCAGCAUCCAGCAGAGCUCCGGGACUUUCUCCUGCAGAGUUCUGAUGAAGAGGACUUGGAUGGUUGUGAAUUGUCUGAUCCUCAGCUGGACUCUGAAGCAGAAAUUAUGUCCUAUUUCUACAAGAACCCAACACACAGCUCUCGGCAGCCGGAUGAAACGUCACAAAAUUUGCCAACUUCAGCAAGUCAACUCCAAACACCAAGAGAGGAAAUCAGGCCCAAACAGCCCAUCGACUACUUCUCCAAGUAUUUUGGUUGGGAUACCUGGGUAGAAAUUGCUAAUUGCACAAAUAAACAGUCCAACAUGCCCAAACCUGUAACAGCCAAAGAGGCAGCGCAGUUUGUUGGGAUCCACAUUGCAAUGGGAACUUUAAAGUUUCCCAGUCCGAGGCUCUACUGGGAGGACUUGACUAAGGUGCCUUUGAUUGCUGAUGCCAUGCCACUUCCCCGUUUCCUGCAGCUGUGUCGCAUGUUGAAGCUUGCCCCGAAGGAUCCAGUCGACGGUAAUGUUCAGACAAGAAGACAUCAUAGUGACUCUCAAAAUGCACAACAAGGUGAAACUCUUCCAAGCAUGCCAAGUGAAACCUGUCAGCAUGUAACAAACAGCUCAGAAACACAGACCGACCCUCUGUGGAAAGCUCGGCCAUUAUUGUCCCGUUUCAAAGCAGGCUGCCAGUCACUGAGACAAGAGGGGGAUGAUUAUGCAGUUGACCAAUAUCCACUUCCUUUGACGGGGAAAACGCACAAUAAGACUCUGUCUCUUUAUUGCACAACAUUAAUUGGAUUCGGCGGUUUGCUCUUACAUGUGGAUCUGAAGUUGGGUCAGUCCGGCAAAGAAGAUGCUGUAGAAAAAAUGGUCCCCAAAGGCAGCAUGGUGUUUCUUUGCAAGCAGGAGCUCUCCACCCCGGCUAUGCUGGAGCGGCUGUUAGUGGCUGGGGUCCACGGUGCAGGACGGGUCGGAGGGGCCCGAGGACAGAUCGGAGACGAGUUCGUGAGCUCCGACGGGAAGCUGAUGCUACGCAGAUCACACUGCGGCUUCAUACUUUCUACCGCAGGGAACGGCCAGAGGAACAUGGCGUCCCUCACCGACAACUUCGAGAAAGCUCAGAUGUCUGCUCGUCUCAACAGAGAUCUGCAGAAACUUUACUCCAUCCCUCUCACUGCCUCCGCCCCGACCUGCUGGCCUCAAGCCGUGCUCUGGUACCUGACGGACCUGGCUCUGGUUAACUCCUGGCUCCUGUACAGGAAGCACCACAGGGCAGCAUCUGCACCUUUGACUCUCAUGGCCUUCAGACUGGAAGUGUCCAAGGUUCUGAUCCUCUCCAGCGGCGCUGACACCCAGGACUCUGCUCCCCCUCAGCCCCCUAAAGAGAAAGCUCCUGCAGCAAAUAAACCCCCAACUCCCAGCCUGGUGGUGGAGAGUCCUCUGCCAGAUGCAGCCACGCGGUACGAUGGGUCAGGCCACUGGCCCGAGCAGCUCGGGGAGGCAGAAGGAGGCAGGUGUCGCUAUGGAGACUGUCAGAGAACAUCUCGAGUGCUUUGCCUUAAGUGCUGCGUCUUUCUUUGUAUCUCACGCAACCACAACUGCUUUUUAAAUUUCCAUAACCAAGGGAGUUUGGGAAAAGAGUAGUUUCUACUACAGUUCACCCAUUAUUUUUUACACAUGUUCCUUUCUGGUUUAACCCAUUGAGGCCUGAAAAACUUCAACGCUGGGUGAUUUUAAAAUAAGCCUCUAAUUUUCUGGAAAUUCUGGAAAAAUUUCUCAAAAAAAAAGUGUCAACUCUUCUACUAAAUAAUAGAUUUUUCAGCCUCUGUAACAAGGUUAUUAUAGUUAACGAAAACUAACGAAAUAACGAAAACUAGAAUUGAAAACACAUUUUCGUUAACUGAAAUAAAAAUGAGAGUUUAUAAAAAACGAUAACUAACUGAAACUGUAUUUUGUGGUUACAAAACUAACUGAAAUUAUAGUGAAAAUGUCCUUAGUUUUAGUCUUUGUCAACUUUUUUCAUACGUAAACCUUUUUGGUUGAUAUGAAAUCAAUUUCAUCUAUCUGGUUUUAUGACUUAGUAAACUUAUUGGGGCUGAGAUGGAUCAGACAAAGGAAAUAAAGGCAACAUUUAUUGUGACCUUAUUGAAUCUGGCACUCAACAAAUACCCCAUUCCAAAAAAACUAAAACUAAUAAAAACUAAACUAAAACUAACACUAAAACUAAUAAAAACUAAACUAAAACUAAGCAUUUUCCAAAAAAUAAAACUAAUCAAAACUAGCAAACUCACUCUAAAAACUAAUUAAAACUAACUGAAUUUGAAAACAAAAAUUGACAACGAAAUUAAAACUAAAACUAAUGAAAAAUUCAAAACUAUUAUAACCUUGCUCUGUAGCAGGUAGAAAUGAAAUUCAAAAAGUAUUUGAGAGCUUAUACAAAUACUACAAAACAACGUAUCCGCUUUCCAGGCUUCAAUGGGUUAAAAUGUAACUGUCAUUUUGUUGUAUGAACUCCAGCUAAUCAAAAAAUAGUAUUAUCUCCUCCGCCCAUGCAACUUGUCCAUGAUGCCUUUUUAAUGGUAGUAGUAUUCUUUUGAUGAAUUAUUUGUGCUGCAGUUUUUAAUAAAAUCAAAUGCUUUGUGGUGUGGCUUUUUAUGUCAUUGAGCGUAAAAAUAAAUUUGCCUUCAUGAAGGAAAUGUAAAAUAUAUAUAUAUACAGAGCCAUAUUCCUUGUGCUGCAAAUAUGAUUUUGACAUUGCAGUUACCUUGAUUUUUUUUUUCUAUUUAAUUUACCCAGAGAAUUUACAUUCCAUGAUGAGCCUGUUUUUGGCUUUUUGAAGCUAAACAUUAUUUAUUGAAUUUCACAAACAAUAAAGACAGAUGAAAAAUA